UUUAUUGUUCUUCCUAUUGUAAAUUUCUUUGUUGAAAGAAAAGAAAAUAAGCAUCUCUUUUCUUGUCAGUCAGAGAAAUUAUUUGAAAUGGGUUUGUCUGAGAAGAAAACCAUGAAAAUGAUUGUUUUUUCCCUCUGGCUGGCGAUGAUCACAUUAAAUUGUGCCCAAAUUUCUGCUAAAUUUCCAAUAUUUGAGCAACCCACAAAAGGUGACGGCACUCUCAAAUUUUUUGUUAUUGGAGAUUGGGGAAGAAAAGGAGAGUAUAACCAAUCUCAAGUUGCACUUCAGAUGGGAAGAAUUGGAGAAGAAUUAGAUAUAGAUUUUGUAAUUUCAACAGGUGAUAACUUUUAUGAUAAUGGAUUGAAAGGGGAGACAGACCCUGCCUUUGUUGAAUCUUUUACCGACAUUUACACAGCCAAAAGCCUCCAGAAACCGUGGUACAGUGUUUUAGGCAAUCAUGAUUACCGAGGUGAUGCAGUUGCACAAAUGAGCCCAGUUCUUCAAAAAAUUGAUAGUAGAUGGCUUUGUUUGAGGUCUUUUGUGGUUAAUGCAGAAAUCGCAGAGAUAUUCAUGUUGGAUACGACCCCUUUUGUGAAUGAUUAUUUCAUAAACCCAGAACAUAUAUAUGAUUGGCGUGGUGUAUUCCCUACAAAGAGCUACACUACCUAUGUAUUAAGGGAUCUUGAUAGAGCGUUGAAGGAAUCAAGGGCAAAAUGGAAAAUAGUGGUGGGCCAUCAUGCUAUUAGAAGUGUGGGACAUCACGGUGACACUACAGAGCUUGUAAAUCAACUUCUUCCUGUUCUUCAGGCCAAUGGCGCAGACCUCUACAUGAACGGCCAUGAUCAUUGUCUCGAACAAAUCAGUGACGACGAAAGCCCUAUUCAGUUUCUAACGAGCGGUGCCGGGUCGAAAGCUUGGAGGGGAGAUCUUAAAAAUUUAAGUCAUGAAAACCUAAAAUUCUUCUAUGAUGGGCAAGGCUUCAUGUCAGUUCAACUCACAGAUUCUGAUGUGGAAAUUGCAUUUUAUGAUGUAUAUGGUCAGGUUUUACAUAGGUGGAGUAGGUCCAGGUCCAACCAGCUUCUUUCAGAUAUGUAAAAUGUUCAAACAUAGAUUAUAUUGUAAGAAAAAAAAUAGCCAAGUCAAAUCUAUAUGUUGUAGAGAUUUAUUAUGAUUGUUAUUAUGAAAAAGAAGAAAUAUACUUAGUAGAUUGUGAAA